AACAUCUUGCCGGAGUAGACUAUGGGACUGAAGAGCACCGCACUAUGUCUGCAUGCAGUAGAACGCGCCGUGCAGUUUCCCUUCUUUGAAUAGGUUUUGUGUAUGAAUAAUCCUUAUUUUACUUGUCUGCUUUUAAGUUUAUUUUCAGUGUAUUACAUUUGGAAUCAUAGCCGGCACACAGACACUAACUGUACACAAAACCGACGAAUUUCUUGUCACCAAUUGCUGUUACAUGGAUGAUAUUUUCUGGCAGGGUCGACCUGAGAUCCAGAGGUGCCAAGGCGUGUGUCCUAGUGUGUGAUGCAUCAUGGCUCCGGUACUGAGUGCCUUGUGGGGGCCGGAGGGGGCGGGCUCUGGGGUCGCCAGGGCGACGUCGCUCGGCAGCGAGCAGCUGGUCCUGGUGGGAACCCUGGCGGUCAUCUCUGCCUUCGUGCUGCUCUCUGUGCUGCUGCUGCUGUGUGCUGGCUGCCAAGGGCAGAAGAAAGCGAGUCCUCACCCAACAAAUGGUGACCACGAGAACUUGAUGAACGGAAUGUCUGAGAAAGAAGCAGUGAGCCAGUCUGUCGAAAGCCCGGGGACUGACCUGGUGGUCAGUAGCUCUCAUAACGGCCCUCUCACCAGCGGUACAGUGCUGACAGACACCCAGGACACGAGCCCCCACCCAUCUGAGGAGAUGCUCUCCAGCCAAUCAGAGCUCAGGUCAUCCAAGUGCCCGCAGGACCGUGAGCUACCCAGCAUCCCCCCCAACAGUGCCCUGGAGGGCAUGAUUGGGGGGUCAGGCGACGACCCUCCUGCCACAGGGGAGGGUACCUAUGAGGUGGUGAAAGAAGCCUCCAGGGACGUGAGCGUGGAGGACUCCCUCUACGAGACGGUCAAAGAGCUGAAGGACCACCCUCCCCCGCCGUUCCUCAACGGUACGCCCCACCACCACCACCCCCCGGCCUCCGCCCUCCUCCUCAACGGCCUCAGCCCCGGCACCCCCGAGAGGGGCCCGCUGUGCGCCGGCGUGGAGUACGCCUCGGUGGACCUCAACAAGAAGAGCCGCUACAGCGCCGACCUGGAGGCCCGGAGGUCAGCCUCACUGGCCUCCUCUGGGGCGGGGCCGCCGUCCUCACCGGGGGAGGAGCCUGAGGAGGAGGAGAGACCGCCUCCCGUGCCGGAUAAGGUGCUGGACGAGAACGACAACCAGACGGGGGUGUCGGCGCCCAGAGAGGGGCUGCCGCUGCACAACGGAGAGAUGCACUCGCCCAUGUCCCCUUCAACUGAUCUUGACAGACUAACUAUGGAGAAGGAGCUGUACUCAUCAGUGGACAAACCGUAUGGUGUAGAGGAGCCGGAAAAUGACUACAGCAGUAUUGGUGAGCUCAAAGUCAUGGCCUCGGCCUCCUCCUCCAGUCACCUCUACGCCACCGUCCAAGACGUCUACCCCCAAGACGGAGCCCAGGCCCCCAGGGCACCGCCCACCCCCAACAGGUCGGACCCCGCGUACGAGACCAUCCGCAUCCCUAAGACCGGGGAUGGCGAGGAAUGCAGUGGAGGUGCCAUACUGGAGCAGACGGCGGUGGAGCAUGACUAUGAGAGUGUGGCGGAGCUGGGUUUGAACAGGGAGACUUCUCGUCUCUGACUUCCCUCUGUUUUCUACUCUCUUUUGCUUUCUUUCAUUGGUGGCGCACCAAAAACAAACCCAGUUUUGAAGUUGCAUUACAGCCAGAAUUGAGUUCUGCUGACUCUGGUACUUCCAGCUCUCUACCCAGAAGCCCUUGCUGCACCCAGUACCCAUAAUCCACUGGGAGACUGAUUAAAGAAACAGAAGGCUCAAAGACACAACAUGACUUUCUAUUAUCAACUGUUGAGCUUACCCAGAGCAGUAGAGGUUUGAUCACAGAUGUCCACAUUUGACUCUUAAUUCUCCAAUCUACCGAUAUUUUCUGUUGUGUUUUGUGUGUUAGUGUGUGGUUCUCUAAGUAAUAUCUUAAUUACAGAACGUUGUCAAGGCUGUUUGCAAUAGAGGCUUAUAUCCUCUUUAAUAUCAAAACAAGACAUGCUAUGCCAUGGUGCACAUCAGCUCACCAAAUUGUUUAGUUACAGUUUCGAAAAAGGUGUACAACUGGCUAGGAAGGCAUUACAUUUUUUGCAGUCCCUUGGACUACUAAAGGAGCAUUGCUACAGAAGGCAAUUGUAGUUUUGGCUGCCUAUUUUCUUUGUCAGUGCCUUUGACUGGCAGGCAACCACAAAGUGCCAUCAUUUAGUUUUUUUGGCCACUUGAGUUUUUCACUUCUAAUCUUUUAUAUCAGUUGAUCUGUUGCAAACUGUGUUUUAUUCGGAUGGAAUUAUUUUGGUGGAAGAGUUUGUUGGCUCUACCAUUUUAAUGGUUUUUCAUUAGGAAACUGAUUCAUGCCCAAAUUUGAUUUUGGGCAUGACUGAGGGCAUGCCUUUUGUUACACCCAAUCACAUCUCUUCCUACUGCAACAGAGCCAAACAAGUCAAUCAAAGAAGGAUAAGCAGGUAACAGGAGUCAAUGUAUGUGUUUCACAAGAUACUGUAUUAUCUUGGGAAACACCUAAACAUUGUGCGAAAAGAUACAAGAUAAACAUAUCUGUCAUACGUGUACCAUUGCACUUAAAGCAGCUUAACAUGACAUUUUAAAUGGUCCGUUUUUAUGUUUUGCUAAAAAAAAGUUUUUGUAUUUAUUUGAUAGUUGUUUGCUUUGACUUUAAGAGUUGUAAAGAAAUUUGUUUUUGAGUUAAACCUUCUGGGAGAUUUUUGGACAUCAACAGUGCAUUGUAAACGUGAGAAGGGAUGUAGAGAGGAAGGAUAAAGGUACGCAUUAUCUUCAUUUUAAUGGACGUCUGUGGUCUGACCAUAUGAUCAUACAAUGUGAUUCUUCCUUUGUGUUGUUCAACGGAUUGGCAGUUCUUUACAAUGUUUCCCAUCCAAUGUGUUCAAAAAUGAUUGUAUUCUGUGUUAAAAAUGCAACAAAAACCUGUGUCAGUUGUGCAGCUUCAAAAAGAUUGAUGACAUUAUAAAUUCAUCUUUAUGCAGUGUUUGUUUGUAUUUUUAGUUUUUGUUUUGUUUUUCCCGACCCCACUUUUAGAUACAUAUACAGCCUAUGUGACAGUAGGCAUCCUCAAGGAAUUUAAAGCACAAUUGUUUUAAGUAAUGUUAAGGUACUGCAACUGCACUGUGCUUGGCAACAAUAUUACCCUACCAAUCCCCAUUGUACACCGGCAAGUGCGUUUAGUUCAUAAUUAGCACUUGAAAAUGAAAGCACAUUAGUAGCUUGUGCAGACGACAUGCCAAACAAGGCUUAUAUGUAGUUAAGAGUAAUAUUCUAACGAGUUGUAACAUGGUUAUGUAUGGAUUUGUAUGAGCUUUUGCUUGUUUGUACAGUACAGUGUCCUGAAUGGUAUGGUAAAGUAUUUUUGUAGUAUGCUUGUGUUUGAUAAUGCUCAAUAAUGUUCAAAAUGUACUUGUUUUAGGAAGGAAAAGUAUUGUAUGAUACAUAUCUAUCAAAACAUGCUUUUAGUUUCAAUUUGUACACAGUUACAUUGCAUUGGGUCAAUGUGUCAUGUAAAAACCUGUUAUGACUAAAAUGGUACAUUGUCUUGGUACAGGCCUUUUACAAUUUAAAGGUUGGUACUUUAUUUAAAGAAAAUUCAUGUAUGAAUAUUGUCCUUUGGUGUUUAUUUUCGUAAGUGGGUAGACUGUAAUUGAAAGAACUAUUUAGCAUUGUCUGCCCUUGAGAGAGAAAAAAUCUAAAACAAUAUUAGCAUUUCACAAGCCCUCUAUUAUCUGAAUAUUGCACAUAUAACUGUAUGCAGAGUGAGUUCAUAUAUCAUUAGACAUGCAUGAGUUUGUUGGAGGUACACACAGAGCAAAUCUGGUUGACAGAUAUUACAUUCAUAAAUGAUAUUUAACGAUAUGAGAUCUCAUUAAAUUUGCCAGGUAUUGACAAAAUAGCAUUUAGGAUGCCAUGUAUUAAAGGUGUCUUCGAAAAGGUGUGUGGUUGUGUAGAGCCGGCAUAGAAGAUUAUACAUGCACUCUAUAGACAGUAAUAAUCUUGGUGAUUAAUAUCUCCCUGUGCCCUGAAUCUAAUUAUGUACAACCAUCACUUAUACAUAAUGGUGUUCAUGGAAAUGCCAUAAAAGGCCUUUAACAAACGAUCUGUCAAACAGAAACACUUUAGUGCCAAAUCUUACAAUUAAUGGUGUCACGUUCACUCUAAUGUGCACACACACACACUCGUACUCUUUGGUGCACACACACACACACACACACACACCAGUGCAAGGACCAAGUAGGGAAAUGGUCCAUCAUCGCUGCCUCAUUCGACCCACUCCAAUAAUGAGAACAUUCCUCUACAAACAGUGUGGAAGUCCUUUUUAUUGUCUUUGAUCAUAGGGUAUUGCUUUCUUUGGCAGUUAUGUGCACAUCUGUCAAACAAUUAUGUCUGCCUGUAUGCAUGUAAAUAUUUUAAGAGCAUAAAUGGAGAAUAUUAAAAGAUAUAUAACAAGA